UAAGUUAGUUGAGUAAGUGUACAAUCUACCAGUCCACAGUUGUCUGCUUGAGAUUGUAUAAAGGAACAAGACUAGAACAAGUCUGGAUAUGAACACACAACAAACUAGCAACUUUCUCAUUAGCCUCAUGGAUCUUGACUGCUACUCUUUCACUCUUCUUGUUUCCUUGUUUGUAUUACUAAUCACGCUUUUAAGAGCAGCAACUCAGUCCAGAACCGAUGUGAAGUGUCCUCCGGGGCCAAGAAAGUUGCCGUUGAUAGGGAACUUGCACCUUUUCGCUAGUUUUCGACCACCCCACCACACUUUACGCGAUUUAGCCUCAAAAUAUGGUCCGGUGAUGCACCUGAAACUGGGUGAGGUAGAUGCUGUGGUCGUUUCAUCGGCCGAAGCUGCAAAACAAGUCCUGAAAACGCACGAUGCCAACUUUGCCUAUAGGCCUUCCCUUCUUGUGACAGAGAUUCUCUGUUAUGGUAAUACAAACAUAGCAUUCGCACCAUACGGUGAUUAUUGGAGACAACUGCGAAAGAUCUGCACGUUAGAGCUCUUGAGUGUGAAACGAGUCCAAUCUUUCCGGCACAUAAGGGAAGGAGAAUUCUUGAAUCUGUGCAGAUGGAUAGCUUCUCAGACAGGGGCGUUGAUCAAUUUGACAGAAAGAAUUAACUUGAGUACCUCUGAUGUUGUUACUCAGGCGACGCUUGGGAAGAAGACUGAGGAGCAGGCCGCAUUCAUAUCCGUGAUCAAAGAAGCUACUGAACUGGCGGCCGGAUUUCAUAUUGGCGAUGUGUAUCCCUCCAUCAAAUUGUUCAGCCGAGUGAGUGGAAUGAAAGGGAGGGUGGAGAGGCUGCACAAAGAAUCAGACAGGAUUCUUGAAAACAUCAUCAAUGAUCACAGAGCAACCAAUGCUGCAACAAACAACAAUGAAUCCAAGAACCACCAAGACCUAAUAGAUGUUCUUCUCAAGUUCCAUGAUUCUGGAGAUGAAUUGCAUUUAACCAUUGAUAACUUAAAAUCCGUGCUGCAGGAUAUGUUCAGUGCUGGAAGUGAAACAUCGUCCACAACUAUAGAUUGGGCUAUGGCUGAAAUGCUGAAACAUCCAAGAAUCCUUAAAAAGGCGCAAGACGAGGUAAGGCAGGUUUUCAACAAAAAGGGAUGUGUGGACGAGGACUACAUUCAUGAACUCAAGUACCUAAAAUGUGUCAUCAAAGAGUGUCUCAGGAUGCAUCCACCAAUACCUCUACUACUUCCAAGAGAAUGCCACGAGGGGUGUGCGAUUGACGGGUACGAAAUACCUGCAAGAACGAGGGUGAUGGUGAAUGCAUGGGCGCUGGGAAGGGAUCCCAGAUACUGGAAAGAAGCUGAGAGCUUUAAACCGGAGAGAUAUCUUGAGAUCAAUUCAGCUGAUUACAAGGGGAGCAAUUUUGAGUACAUCCCUUUUGGGGGUGGAAGGAGGAUAUGCCCUGGAAUGUCGUUCGGCCUUGCAAACGUGGAGCUCCCGCUUGCAAUGCUUCUCUACCAUUUUAAUUGGAUAUUGCCUCAAGGGAUGAAACCUGAAAGAGUGGACAUGAUGGAGACGUUUGGUGUCACGGCAAGAAGGAAAAAUCCCUUGUAUGUCAUUCCUGUCUUUAGAACACCUUUGCCCGAGUGAACAUGUGUCUACUAAGUUUGCCUCAUCAACAAAUAACUGGAUUACUGCAUAAAAAGGGAAAACGGCAAUUUCCCCAAUAGGAAAUUAUUUCGUAUUUUGAUAAAUAAAGUAAAUUACCCUCUAUCUAAACUAUAGAUCCGGAGAUAAUUUGCUAUUGUUAUUUAUAGUAA